UUUUCACUGUAUCAAGAUGGGGACUUUUACAUUUCAGUGGCCUUACAAUGCGAGCGAGGUGUUCGUUACAGGCAAUUUCGAUGAUUGGGGUAAGACGGUGAAACUGGACCGUGUGGGCGAUAUCUUUAUCAAGGAAGUGACGAUAUCUCCCGUACAAAAAGUCCACUACAAGUUUGUUGUCGACGGUAUUUGGACUACAGAUCCCAACGUACGUGAAGAAAACGACGGACAUAACAACAUCAACAACGUGCUUCUACCCGAAGAGAUCAAGGACGCUGACUUCGCCCCCACCAUGUCUGGCGUAACUCCUGAUUCGACAACCGCAGCUCUUGCUGCCAACGUUCCCAAGGAGCCCAAUGGGGAUUUACCUGGUAGCUUCCCAGAUACUCCGGGACAAGACUUCGGGGGUUAUGGCAACCCCGUCAAUCUGAACCCGGGCGACGAAGUCCCUCAUCAUAGCACCAUCCACAAUAACACCGUUGACUCCGCUGUCACUUUGGACAAGGAGUCAUAUGAGAAGGGCCAAACUCUCCCUACUGGCGCUGGGAACACUAACCCUGGCGAUCUCCCAUAUACCCUCCCCCCAAUCACAAACAACAUGAUUCCCGAAUCCAGUCUUCCGAUCGGUGGACCCGCGCAACGCGCCGCAAUCAAUGAGUCCGAGCCGAUUUAUACCGGAGGUCCAGCUCAUCAGGCAGCGCUGGCCGACCCAGGAUACCACAUUCAGUCCGCCGGCCUUGACUCGACCACGGCAGCACUGGCUGCUGGUGUGCCGCUGGAGUCAAAGGGCAAGCAGACCAACGACGAUAACCCCGUCGAGGAGGUCCCUCGGGUGGUGAAGGACUCGUUGGCCGAGGCCCACAAGGACCCGGAGGCUGCUGCCAACCAGGAAGCGGUAGACGAGAAGCAUGCUAUCGAGGAGGAACUGCACAAGAAGAUCCCUGUUGAAGAGUCCGGAGGUGCUCCGGCACCUACCGUCACGGCGGCCAACCAGCCCGUUGCGCCCCAUCUCGCUGUUGCUAGUGGCGUAGACUCGGCAGAUGUGUCGCCGCUUUCGACCCCUCCACUGGACCGCGGCUUUGCUGCUGCUACUCCAUCUUCCGCACUAAAGAACACCGAGUCCAGUGGGCCCACUGUCACAACUGGCCCUGAGACUAGUUCGACUGUUGAAACCUCGACUCCCAAAACCACGGCUCCCACGACUGCGCAGCCUACAAGCCCUAGUGCUGCGACGGGAGUUGAGUCUGCUCAUACACCUGCUACUCCGGCUGCAAAGCCCGCAAAUCCCACUGUGGCGACUGGAGCCGAGUCUACUCAAGCUCCUGCUACUUCGACCGCAAAGACCGCCGAGCCGUCUCCCAAACAAUCCCAGAGCACUGAAGGUGCUUCUACCAUUGACAAGAAGAAGAAGCACCGCCUGAGUGGCUUUUUCGGAAAGCUCAAGGAGAAGCUUAAAUAA